AUGGCUCUUUUCGGCUCUACAACAACCAACACGGCCGCUUCCAACACAGCUGGCGAUCUCUCGAAAGAUGUCGCCCUCACCUCCCCCCCCGAAGAUAGCAUCUCGCAUCUUGCCUUCUCGUCAGUGAGCGAUCAUCUUGCCGUGGCGUCUUGGGACAAAAAAGUGCGCAUAUACGAAAUCAACGAGCAAGGUCAGAGUGAAGGAAAGGCGCUUUUUGAACAUGAGGCACCCGUCUUGAGCUGCUGCUGGGCUCCUGACGGCACCAAGGUCGUUGGCGCCGGCGUCGACAAAGCUGCCCGCAUGCUCGACCUUCAAGCAAAUGCCACCACCCCCGUCCAAGUCGCCGCCCACGACGCCCCCAUAAGAUGCUGCGCAAUGAUACAAAACCCAGGCAACACCGCCCAAUCCCUCCUGGUAACAGGCUCAUGGGACAAGACCGUGAAGUUCUGGGACCUGCGGCAGGCCACGCCGAUCGGCACGCUCGAGUGCCAGGAGCGCGUGUACACCAUGGACGUGAAGAACAAGCUCCUCGUCAUCGGCACCGCGGACCGCUACAUCAACAUCGUCAACCUCGACCAGCCCACCAAGUUCUACAAGACCAUGCAGUCGCCGCUGAAAUACCAGACGCGCGUCGUCAGCUGCUUCACGGACGCCACGGGCUUCGCCGUCGGCUCCAUCGAGGGCCGCUGCGCCAUCCAGUACGUCGAGGACAAGGACGCCAGCUCCAACUUCAGCUUCAAGUGCCACCGCGAAAACCCGCCCAACACCCGCGACGUCAGCAACGUGUAUGCGGUCAACUCGAUUGCCUUCCACCCCGUGCACGGCACCUUCAGCACGGCGGGCAGUGAUGGCACGUUUCACUUCUGGGAUAAGGAUGCCAAGCAUCGCCUGAAGGGCUAUCCGAGUGUCGGGGGCACGAUUUCGAGCUCCGCCUUUAACAAAAACGGGCAAUAUCUUCGCACGCCGAAUAAGGUUAUGAUGCACCCCAUCGUUCAGGAGGAGGUGAGACCCCGGCCCGGCGCAAGACGGACGAGAUGA